AUGAGCUCCGAAAAACAUAGCCCAAUGCCAUCAGAGCAACCUGAUCAUUGGGAUUUUUUUCAACUUCCACCGUUCUUCACACAGCAGCCGGCACCACUUUCGCUUGAACGUCAGAUCACCCUAUGGGGCUCCCUUAUUCUUGAUCAUGCCACCUACCACGCCAAGCGGAGGCCUGUAGGCGCCUGUCCAGUUUUACGCUGCUAUAGCGCUAACAGUGAUAUCUUUUACAACCCGAGCAUCCAACGACGGCUUCCUCCAGCAGGCGCACGCGUUAUGCUGGAAGGUCUUGUCGCACAGCACUCUAACCACUGUGCGGUGUUGAAUGCUGAUGCCGAUGACUUCACCGUCCUUGUUGCUACCAACAAAGGUGGCUUCUCGGAGCUGGAGCAGUCGUUGUCUUCUUGGCUGCUUGAGGCAGGCCAGGGAACGACCUUAGCCAUGCUUGAGAAGAAGGGCGCCGUCAUGACGUUUGACGAAUUGGCAGAAGGCAAGUGUUUAGAGUACAAGCUUCAACCAGUUAUUUUUUUAGAUUGCUCUCCAGACAAGGUUCCUAUCGGGGAUGUUGGUGUUCUCAACUAUGAACUAGCCAUCCGGAGUUUCCUAGAGGUGUUGGCUAAUAACCCCAACAUAUUCGUGCGCCCCUUGAGAAUAACACUAUUCAACCUGGAUGGCAGUAAUAAACGACCAUAUCAAGGAGUCAAGUUUGGUGGUUAA